UAGCCGCACCACGUUCCUGACACAAUUCAUUCCGUCGUCGCCUGCCUUUCGCUCUGCACACGUUCAGUCCGCGAUCGCGUGCGCCUCAGAUACAAAGAUACAAGAUACAAAUACACAAAGAUACAGAUACAAGUGCCGUGCUCCUUUACUCACUGAAAAUGCAUCUAGAUUCUUAAGUGCCAAGUGUUGACAAGUGACAAGAUACAAUAUCUACUGAUAUAACCAAAAAGAAACCUACGGGAAUCCAACGAAUCCAAUCGAUAGUUAGCAAAAUGCUGGUCGGUUCGCAUCCCUAUCUGUGCAACGGCGUCCUGCCACCUGCCGUUAACGCUGGCCCCGCCAACACAGCCGCCGCCACAGUGGCAGCGAGCGCCACAACAACAACGCCGGCGAGCAAAAGUGCCGCCGGCUCGGCAACAGACUUCUCCAUUGCGGCGAUCAUGGCCCGGGAGGAUGCUUCCAGUCGGGAGUCCUCCAUUCGCAGUGCAAGUCCAAUUUCCGUGGAGGAUGAGGUUGACGUUGAUGUGGUCGACUGCAGCGAUGCUGAGGAGCCGCCAACCAAGGCUCGUCGCCUAAACCACCAUCAGCACCACCACCACAACAACAAUAAUAACAACAAUGUGACUCACAAAAGCCGAAACAGCGCCGGCGCCGUGACUCCAGUGGCAGCCGCUCCAUCCGAGUCGCAGCUCAACACCAGCUCCACCAGCAGCCAAGGACGCUGCUCCACACCGCCCCAGUCCCCGGGAACGGAGGACAGCGAGGAGCGGCUGACGCCAGAGCCCGUCCAGAAGGCACCCAAAAUUGUUGGCUCCUGCAAUUGCGACGACCUGAAGCCGGUGCAGUGCCAUCUGGAGACGAAAGAGCUGUGGGAUCGCUUUCACGAAUUGGGCACCGAGAUGAUCAUCACCAAAACGGGCAGACGCAUGUUCCCCACUGUGCGAGUGAGCUUCUCCGGUCCGCUGAGGCAGAUCCAGCCCGCCGAUCGCUACGCCGUGCUGCUGGACAUUAUUCCCAUGGACUCGAAGCGAUAUCGGUACGCCUACCACCGAUCCGCUUGGCUGGUGGCCGGCAAGGCGGACCCCGCCCCACCCGCACGCCUCUACGCCCAUCCCGACAGCCCCUUCAGCUGCGAGGCUCUCCGCAAACAAGUUAUCUCCUUCGAGAAGGUGAAGCUGACUAAUAACGAAAUGGAUAAGAACGGACAGAUCGUUCUGAACUCCAUGCACCGCUACCAGCCCCGAAUCCACUUGGUCCGUCUCAGCCAUGGCCAGAGCAUUCCGGCCAACCCCAAGGAACUGCAGGACCUGGACCACAAGACCUACGUCUUCCCGGAGACUGUCUUUACGGCUGUGACCGCGUACCAGAACCAGCUGAUCACCAAGCUGAAGAUCGACUCGAAUCCGUUCGCCAAGGGCUUUCGCGACUCGUCCCGCCUCACCGACUUCGACCGCGAUCCCAUGGAGGCGCUGCUCCUGGAGCAGCAGCUGCGCUCCCCGCUCCGCCUGUUCCCCGAUCCCCUGAUGCAGCAGUUCGCCGCCCAGCAGGGUGAUCCCGCCUCGAUGGCCCUUUUCGAGAAGGCGCGCCAGCACCUUCAGAUGUUCGGCGGCAACUCCCCGUACGCCCAGCUGAUGAUGCCGCAGAUGUACCAGGCGGCGGCAGCGGCGGCCGGACCCCCGCCACCACCCCCCGGGCUGGGGGCCUUCCACAUGUUCCAGCAGCAGUGGCCGCAGCUUACCGCCGGCUUCUUGGCGAGCGCCAAUCAGCAGGCCGCCGCCGCUCAAGCAGCCGCCCAAGCGCAGGCGCAGGCCCAGGCCGCAGCAGCAGCAGCGGCGAUGGCCGCCAACCGCACGCCCCCGCCUCCACCGACGGCGUCCACGCCCUCAUCCACAUCCUCCGGAUCGCCGUCACCCGAUAUGCGACCCCGCCAGUUCCAGCGGUUCAGUCCCUACCAACUGCCCGGUGGUCAGGGGCCGCCGCCCUCGGCUGCCGGUUCUCCGCCGGCAAUGCCGCUUUCGCGCAGCCCCGCCCACUAGGUCAGUCGACCCGCCGCCCUCAAGUUCUUGCCACGAGCAGUAUUAAAAACAAACCACACUGAGGCAGAAAUCUAGCUAAAGUCAAGAGUAAAAAAUCUUGUAAACUAUUCUUGAAAGUAAGCUGUUUUUUUCCCAGCACAUACUACUAAAAAAGAGAUAAUUCGUUUAAAUGUUGUAAAUUAUUUGUUGUUGGAAUGAAAACAAAGAAAAACAUUUCUCAAUAUUUAUAUAUUUGUUGUAAAAAAUUGAUUUAUUUUUAAGCUGUACAGUUCUUCUCACUUUCCCCUAGAGAAUUCAUGUAAUUUAGUUUAAUUUAUUGUACAAACUUUUCAAAUGUUGUUCAAAAUCUCAUCUCAGUGUAAAGUUAGAACAAAAUUCACAGAAAUCUAAAAAAGAAAAUAUAAAAAUACAAAAAUAUUGCACGAUUGUAAACUAUAUAUAGCUAUAUAGUGUAAUCAUAAUCGUUAGUUAUGCUAUUACAUCUAAUGACAUAUUCAUAGUAUUAACAAUAAAUUCAUAGACGCUUCAGUUAGUUCUAUUUAUCAGGCAAGAGCAAAAGAUUUAUUUAGCGUAAAUUAAAAAUUUAAAGGAGAUUAAGUCCUAAAGUGUAUUUAAUGUGAAAGCUAAACAAAAGUGAAAACGGCGAAAAUAUUUCAACAAAAA